UUUUUUGACAAUGCCACCGCGAGGGGCCGAGGCAUUUGAGGUCCUGCGGAUGCCAGACCUGGUAGUCCUCAUUUGCGACUACCAGCAUGGAAAGUACCCACAUCUGCUUCCUCUCCUCUCUUGCUGCAUUGACCCUCGGACGUUCAACGUCGACGAUUGGUACUACGUCAAGCACAUGGGGCCGGAGCCCCUCCGCCGCUUCGACGCGGUGUUCCAAGCCGGGUUCGAAAUCUACGGUCAUGCUGGUCUCCGUCGCCUCUUGACCCAAGAAAAGAAGUCCAUGCGCAUCAUUUUGUCUGCAUAUGCGGCGUUCGCAGGUAACGUUGACCUGCUCACGUACCUGUGCGACCGCGGGCUCGUGUAUCCCAACCGGUUCAUUGUGGACACGGCCGCGCUGCAAGGCCACCUCGAUAUCUUGCGCUGUUUACAUGCUCGCGAUCUGCCCGGAUUCACAUCUCGCACCAUGGACGCCGCCGCGCACAACGGCCACUUGGAGAUUGUCCGCUACUUGCACGAUACCCGGCAUGAAGGCGCGACGGGCAAUGCUAUGACAUGGGCAGCACGCAAUGGCCAUCUGGAGGUGGUUCGCUUUCUCCACGCCCAUCGACACGAAGGGUGCGGUGUUGGCGCGAUGGAUUGGUCGGCAACGUAUGGACAUUUGGAGGUGGUGAAGUUUCUACACAGCCAUCGCGAGGAAGGCGGCACGAACGAAGCCAUGGAUGGCGCGGCAGCGCACGGACAUUUAGAAGUUGUGAAGUUUCUCCACGCGCAUCGCCGCGCGGACGGCAUCUCCGCCCAGGCGAUGAACGGUGCCGCGGCGAAUGGCCAUUUGGAUGUACUCAUGUUUCUGCAUUGUACGACCGACGCCACUUGUACGACCUCGGCCAUGGACAAUGCCGCCGCCUAUGGCCAUUUGGAGGUCGUACAGUUCUUGCAUUCCCAUCGACAGGAAGGAUGUACGACCCGCGCCAUGGACGACGCCGCGCGCUACGGCCAUCUGGAGGUCGUCGAAUUUCUAAACACCCAUCGAACAGAAGGCGCGACGACGGCGGCCAUCGAUCGCGCGGCACAAAAUGGACAUUUGGAAGUCGUGACGUUUCUCCACACCCAUCGCCGCGAAGGAUGGACCCGCGACGCGUUCGAGUACCGGGAGGUGGUGAAUCCCCAUGUAAAUGUAGUGUCGUAUUUAAAUGCCGCCGUCGAUGCCAUUUAAUAUUGUAGCCACGAAUACUAUUCUUGUCGAUAUAUUCUUCAUAUUGCCCA